AUGUAUCUUGCCGAUGCAUUGAGUCGGAGCUACCUAAAGGAGACCAGAGAGAACCUUGUUCCAGAUAUUGAUAUUGAAGUAAACCAGAUUGUGUCAUACUUACCAAUUUCACCAGAGAAAUAUCAAGAGUUCAAACGCGAGACCUCAAAAGAUGAAGCAUUGUCACAGCUCAGAGAAAUUAUCAUCAAUGGAUGGCCAGAGAACAAACAUGAAAUACCAGAGACAGCUCAUCAUUAUUGGCCAUUCAGAGACGAGCUAUCAUGUAUAGAUGGCCUACUGUUCAAGAGCCAUACUAUCAUUGUUCCCAAAACAUUACGUCGUGAAAUGCUCAAAACAAUCCAUAGUUCACACCUUGGAAUCGUACAAUGCAAAUCGCGGGCACGCGAACGACUGUACUGGCCGGGGAUGAGUUCUGAAAUAGAGGACACAGUGUCAAAAUGUUCAACAUGUGCCACUAACUCUAGGAAAAAUCCAAAGGAGCCAUUAAUAAUGACGGAAAAUUCAAACAGGCCAUGGUCUGUUAUUUCCGCUGACAUAUUUGAAUUUCAAGGACAUAACUAUUUAGUCACGAUUGACCAUUAUUCAAAGUGGCCGGAGUUGUCCAAAUUAGACAAUAUGAGUAGUAAGAACACUAUGUUAUAUCUCAAAAGCCAAAUGUCGAGAUAUGGCAUCCCUGACAAGCUCGUUACAGACAACGGUCCACAGUUUGCUAAUGAGGAAUUCAAGAAAUUCUCAAAGACAUAUGGAUUCGAACAUACAACAUCAAGUCCCAGAUAUCCGCAGGCGAACGGACAAGCUGAAAGAACUGUGCAGACAGUGAAAAACAUAUUAAAGAAAUCUGAGGAUCCAUAUAAAGGCUUGUUAGCUUAUAGAAACACAGUCAUUGAAGAUCUAGGACUUUCACUAGCUCAAAUGUUUUUUGGUCGAAGAUUAAAAACAGAUAUACCAACAACAGCUCCACUGUUGUCACCUGAUAAAAUUCCAACAUCUGAUAUCAAGAUGAGACUGAAAAUCAGAAAGGAAAAAGCCAAAAUGUACUAUGAUCAGCAUGCAGGUAAAGAAUUACCUCCCUUGGACAACGGUGAAACUGUCAUGUUUCAGAAGAAUGAAAAUGGAUACCGGCCAAAGUUGUUGCGAAACAUUCAAAUCCAAGAUCUUACAUUGUCGAAACUAGAAAAGGAAAGAAAUACAGGAGGAACCGAAAGGAUAUCAAACCAACACGUGCGUCGUUUCCUGAAAACAAUGAAACCGUGUCGCGAUCGGUCAACAUACCUGAAGAUAGAGUUCCCAGGAAGGAAAAGUCUAAAGAUUAUGUAA